UGUUUCCUUCAGAAGGUUCUCCGUGCAGAGAUGUGCCCGCUGCCACCUUGGGAUCUCAGCCUCUGAAAUGGUCAUGAGAGCCAGGGAAUCGGUUUAUCACCUGAGCUGCUUCACCUGCACCACCUGCAACAAGACUCUGACCACGGGCGAUCACUUUGGCAUGAAGGACAACCUGGUUUACUGCAGGGCCCACUUCGAGUCCCUUUUGCAAGGAGAAUACCCCCCUCAGCUGAGCUACACCGAGCUGGCUGCCAAGAGCGGAGGGCUGGCCCUGCCUUACUUCAACGGCACUGGCACGGUCCAGAAGGGGAGGCCCAGGAAACGAAAGAGCCCUGCCUUGGGAGUGGACAUCGUCAGCUACAACUCAGGUUGUAAUGAGAAUGAGGCAGAUCACCUGGACAGAGACCAGCAGCCUUAUCCCCCAUCCCAGAAAACAAAGCGCAUGCGUACCUCCUUUAAACACCACCAGCUUCGUACCAUGAAGUCCUACUUUGCUAUCAACCACAAUCCAGAUGCCAAGGACCUCAAGCAGCUUGCCCAGAAAACAGGCCUAACCAAGAGAGUUCUGCAGGUUUGGUUUCAAAACGCAAGAGCCAAAUUCAGAAGGAACCUUUUGCGGCAGGAGAAUGGGGGUGUCGAUAAAGCUGACGGCACCUCGCUCCCGGCACCGCCCUCAGCAGACAGCGGCGCACUCACUCCACCCGGCACUGCGACCACUUUAACAGACCUGACCAAUCCCACUAUCACUGUAGUGACAUCAGUGACCUCUAACUUGGACAGCCACGAAUCCGGGAGCCCCUCACAAACUACCUUAACGAACCUUUUCUAACAGUUCCUUUUUUUUUUUUUUUUUUUAAAAUUCUUACUCUUCAUUAUUAUUAUUAUUAUUAUUAUAAUUAUUAUAAUUAUUAUUAUUAUUUUAAAGCCUUUUAAAAACAAACAAACAAACAAACCCACAAAAUAUUUGGGAAAAUAAACAGCUUGAUGUGUAGCAUCUGCAGCCACCUGGCAAAUGAGUUUGAAGUAAUAUGUUGCUAUAAUGAAUGAACAUUUAUUGUUGGUAAAUUGUACUCAAAUUCUUUAAAUUUAUCAAAUAACUGAAGAGAAGGUGAUGAAUCAUUCUAAUAAGUGCCUCUUAAAAUUGUAUGUUACUUAUUUCCAGAACCUUGAAAAAAAUUGAUUGUUACCCCCUCAAAAAACCCCUCAAUUCCUCCCUGAUAACUAGCUAAAAACCAUUUUAAUUAUAGCCAAAAGAAUGCUGCUUCGAGAUUGUAUGUUCACUUAAAGCAUUUAAGAACCCCAAAUUUAAUUUUAUUUUCAUAACGCAUCCAAAAGUUUUGUACGAUUUAUUUUUUAAAUGUGGAAAAAUAAAUACAAAAUGAAUUAAACUCAUCACGAAACAGUCAGACUGGAAGUACCAGUGCUCUUUCCUAAUGCAGUAGUUGCAAGCCUGCUCCUCCCUGAGCACUGGGGAGUCUCACUGGGACAGCUAAACACUCCUCUGCCAGUUCUGCACCCAGCUGGGACGUCCUUGGCCACCACUGAGAGCCAUGCCUGGAUGGAGGACUUGGAGAGAGACCCAGUGAUGAGAGCACGUGUGGGUGAGGAUGGCAGGACCAGGCCGUUGGUCUCCAGAUUUGUGCCCCGCAUUAAGGAGGCAAGAUCUAGAGAACACCUUCCAGAGUGAGCUCAUUCCCAUAAGGAUGUCAUUAAAGUAACAAUAGCAGAGUAACAAUGCAAGUGGAGAGUCCUACCUCUGAAAUGCUGCCUAGGGAGGGGUUUUAAUUUUUGUCUGUUAAGCAGCUCUGAAUUUUUGGAUUUAGAAAAGGUAAAAAUUGCAGUUGACUACAUGGCUUCGAUGUAGUCUUCAAACCUUCAAAGCAAACAAAAGGUUGCCCAGUUACUUUAUUGAGCACAAAAUUAAUUUUCAAGAAGGUGUAUGCAUGUGUACUAUUCAAAUGAACUUCUGAUAAAUCCUACUUUUUUUUUUUUUUCAGGGAAAAUGGAAAUAAGCAAAAUAUAAUUUAUUAAGAUGUUUAAGGAAAAGCUUUUCAGUACAAUUUAUUCAUUACUUUAUUGAAUUUUCUUUAGAUGUUUCCUGAGAUUGUAUCAGACGCUUUGUUUAACACAGGAACUUAAAAUCUUUAGUUCAUUAAUAUCUCCAGCAUAUACUUUAACUUUUUAAAGUUAAACUUUGUAUAAAACAAAAAAAUGUUAGCAAAAAUCAUAGAAAACCAGGAAUUGGCAGUGAGUAAUUUCAAAGCCGAUAAACUCAGAAGCCUUGUGGAUGCUGAUCUAAAUACAUUUCUUAGUUUACAAUAGUGAUCUUUCUUUUUUUUUUUAGUUUUAUUUAAGCUAAAAGUCUGAAUGGUCUGGGCAGUGGUGAAUGUUCAUUUGUAUCCUUUUAUUGUAGUUGAACACCAAUUAGAUUGUGGAGAGUCUCAGAAACAAAAACGGACAAAAACCAGUCAAGAUCUAUGUCUUGCUUUUAGUGGAUUGUUAAGAAUAACUUUGCACAUAUACCCCACUUUUUAGACACCAUCAAAUCUCUUUUUGGUGGUCAAAGUGGCUAUUUAAUAUAUUUUAAAGGUGUCCUUUUUGGCUGUAUAAAUGUGUGGUUACAUAUUGACAGUUCACUGCCCACAUUAAAGUGCAUUAUUGUAAUUUUUGCUCAGGGUUUUUAGAAAAUUAGCACAGAAAAGUAGCUUAUUUUUAAAAAAGAUGAUGGAAGAGAUGUUAACACUGUAAUAGAAGAAAGGUGUGUUUGCCAUUAUAUAUUUAGCAAGUAUGGUUAUCAUCUUCUAUGGAUAUUGAAUCUUGACUUUUCCUAUUUCUAUUACCUUAUGGGCAUUUACCACUAACCAGACCAAAAGACCUUGGUAAGGCUGAGAUCUUUAUUAAUACACUUUUACAGGUAAAAAUAUUGAUACUUAUAAAUUUUGUUCUUUGACAGAACAAUAUAUGGUACUAGAGAUCUACUUUAUUAAGUAGACUAAUUAAAACUCAGUUCUACUAUGUGCCUUAUGAUAUACCUUGGGAGUAAGUUUGUGAAAAAUCAGGAUAUAUGUGUUGUUUGUUAAAUUAACUGUUUUAAGCCCUUUUGACACCUCAAUAGUUUUGUACUGUUUUACCUCUUAUUUCUGAAACUCUUUUUAUGGUGUAUCCUGUUAGAGGGGACAAACAUGUCAUAGAAAGCAGUUGUGCACUCUUUCAGAUAUAGUUGAUAAAACCAAUAAUCUUAUAUAUUGAGCUUCGUGUUUAUAGUACAGUAAGUGGUCUAGCAAAAUUGUCCAUGUUUCUUUGUUUAUUGAUAAAUGCAUUGUAUAGAAACUAUUCCCCUAAAUAUUUAUGGACCAAACAAUUGUGAUAUAUCUUAUUAAAUUUGUGUGAAUAAACCAUUUUGAA